ACCAUCCCACACCCCUGCAAAAGCGCCCGCAUAUACGUUAGGUACAAGUGGGGCAAUCACGACCCAAAGCUCACCAUCUUGAAAUUUUCUGUAGCUCCAAAACACAACUCCGUGACAUCAAAGUUCUUCAAGAUGGUGCUCCAAGCAAUCAAAUAUACGCGAGGCCAGCUCGAAAUCCUCGACCAGCUCAAAUUACCCCAUGCCGAAGAAUACGACCACAUUUACUCCAGCACCGACGCAUGGCACGCAAUCAAAGAGAUGCGGACGCGAGGCGCGCCUGCAAUUGCCAUUGUGGCUGCUUUAGCCCUGGCGGUCGAGCUGACUAAUAUGAAGCUUUCGUCGGUGGCGGAAGAAGUCGAAGUUUUCAUCAAGGAGAAGUUGGAUUAUUUGGUUACGAGCAGGCCCACUGCUGUCAACUUGGCGGAUGCUGCAGGGAAGCUGAGGAAGAUUACAGACGAAGCUGCGGCUAAGGAGGGAGCGAGUGGAGAUGCAGUGAGGGAGGCGUAUGUGCAGGCAGCGGAGAAGAUGUUAGUUGAUGACGUGAGCGACAACGAGAACAUUGGAAAUCACGGUGCAGAGUGGAUUGUCAAGAACACUGAGGCUGGAAAGAAGGGCCCGGUGAGCAUGCUGACACACUGCAACACUGGGUCUCUUGCGACUGCUGGAUACGGAACAGCUCUUGGAGUGAUACGGUCGCUGCACUCCAACGGAACACUGAAACAUGCGUUCUGCUCUGAGACCCGGCCAUACAACCAAGGGUCCAGGCUGACAGCGUUCGAACUCGUUCAUGACCAAAUACCAGCCACUCUGGUCACUGACUCCAUGGCGGCAGCGCUGCUUCGACUACGAGGAGAGAGUGAGAACAUUGCUGGUAUUGUGGUUGGUGCAGACCGUGUAGCUGCGAACGGAGACACAGCCAACAAGAUCGGAACCUAUUCAUUGGCCAUUCUAGCUAAGCACCACGGCGUCAAGUUUUUGGUCGCUGCACCGAGAACAACCAUCGACUUGAGCACCAAGUCCGGAGCAGACAUUGUCAUCGAGGAGCGACCUGGUAAGGAAGUGACUAUGGUCAAGGGUCCCCGACACGAUGGUGUGAGUCUGGAUCUUGGAGUUGUUGAGACUAUCAGCAUUGCUGCGAAUGGUAUUGGAGUGUGGAACCCGGCAUUCGACGUCACUCCUGCUGAGCUUAUUGACGGCAUCAUCACUGAGGUGGGUGUGGUGGAGAAGGACAGCGAUGGAGUGUUCCAUUUGGAUGAAGUGUUCAAGAUGGAUGGCUCGACAGUGAAGCCAUCGACGAUUGGAGGCUGCUAGGAGAUGUAUACCCUGAUGUUGGAGUGAUAUUUUUUGGAAUGUUUAUAACCAUGUCUGUAGCUACUUAUGCGAAAGACUCCUCUACCCAUCUGACCGUGG